AUGGACUACACACAUGGUCGUGACCCAGAUGCCAACAAGAAAAGAGUUGUCAAGACCGAACUCUUCAGAAGAGGCAACUUCUAUGGCGUUCACGCACGCAAUGCUGACCUUCGUCCGAUGCCGUUGGCACUGUCCCAGCUAGCGGAGAGGAAGGACUCAAGUAGGAAUCAGGGUCAGUAUCUUACAGUUGGUCAACGUAUUCGAGAACUAUACUACUCGGUCCUUCAAUACAGGGACGAGGACGAGACACAAUGGCAUUUUCGACGACUGUUGGGUUAUGGAUCUUUUGGAGUCGCGGCACUGUACGAGAGGAGAGAACCAGAGUGGGCGGCUAGCGUAGGCGCAAACCCAGUAACUGAUCAACUCGUCGUUAAGUCCGAGGCAGUAGACGGUAGAAAUGCUGUCAAUCCUAUCCGAAUCGAUAUAGCGGUCGAAGCCUGGAAUCUGGCUCAAUUGAUGGAGCGUAAGCAGGAGUCCAAUGUGAGACUCCGCGACUACAAGUUUCACCAGGGAGAUUAUUCCGUCCUCGGUGGAAGAUUCCCACCGAGUGAGGUCGAACGGUUCUCUCCACCUUUCUUCAAGGAGUGGAGGUAUUAUCUCGAGUAUUGCUCGCUCGAUACGAUAUACCAUCUGAUGCUGAAGUACAAGGCUUGGGGUUACUACUUGCCCGAAGCGUUCAUCUGGUGGACGUUCUUCUGGCUUACCUAUUCAUGUCAAUCGAUGGAUGUCAACAACGAGCAUCCAUUCAGAGACGAUCAAGAUCAGGAAAUGGCGGACUCUUUCAUGCUGCAUAACGACAUGAGCUGGCGGAACGUGUUCAUGCAGAAGUCUGAAGAGGACGUGGUCCAUCAUGGACCGCCAGUAGAUCAGUACCCAAUGCCGAAAAUGGCGGAUUUUGGCCUGAGUCAAAUAACAAGGAUUGACCACGAAAGAAAUCGGAUGCGCGAUCUCAAUCCAGGGACAGCAGUAUUUAUGCCUCCAGAGAAACGGAGGGUACGUCCAGCAUUGGAAUUCUAUCCAUUCACGGGACCGGGUGCAUACCCCAUCAGGAACAACCUGUUGACAAGAAUGCCGUACCUUGACAAGAGAUAUCAUCCGGUGGGUCCCGAAGCCAAUUUGUGGGGCGCGGCCACUAUCGUUUACCUGCUCAUGACUCUGAAUAAUAUCGAUGAAGUGGACAGGAUACUCGAAGAUGAAUUCCAAGACCAUGACCGGCUCAAGCGUAGUCGUAUGCCGGGUCGAGAUCGUCGGCGAAGCUCCGCAGGCCUAUUCAUGAUGAACGAGAUCGAUACGGAUCUCCCCAGUAUUGCACGCUAUUCGGCGGAUUAUAGCGAUGAACUCCAAGAACUCGUGCUACAAUGCAUGCGUCUCCGGCCACAUGAUCGGCCCCGACUCUCCGACGUUCUUCAAGCUACCUCAGAUGGGAUGAACAAGGAAAUCAGUCGUCUGUAUCAUGAGUUUGACGACAACGCCGCGACGGUUCAGGAAGUGACUCGGGUACAGUACUUGGACGAAGAAUGGAAUCAAACUCCACGUGGACCUUUCAACUUCGGCAUCGAUCUUGUCCCUAAUCCUGUGUCUGGUGUGAGCAGUCAGGAUGCACAAUAUUUCUGGCACGAUUUCCACCAAUACUGCGACAAUGCGGCGAUGAGGGAUCCAGAUGCAGUUGUGCUAGUGCCGCCGGAGCCGAAUACUCGGUUUAGUGAUGCGGUCCAUGAGGGACAACAUUGGGUUGGCAAUGACUGGGUAUUUUAUGCCCCAACAAGCUGGAGGGGCCAAGUGCAUCAGGGUGAACCAUUGCCAGCGGGUGGAAGAAUCUUUGUUCCGAACAAGAAUUCGGCUCUGCUGCGAGAGGUGCUAGAACAGGAGGGCAUGGAUCCGGAAACCGCAGCACCAUUGUUUCUGUAA